AGUCAAAAUUGUUGGAAAUUUCAAAAUUUAAGUUUUUAUUUUUUACUUUUUGCUCUCAAAAUUCCUUCGCAAGAUAAAAUUUUAUUUACAGUAUGACGACGUGGUAUAACAGCCCGCCUUCUUUUCUCCAAGAAGAGUUAUUCAAAAUCGCAAAACACUUGUUCCAACCUGGCAAAGGCAUCCUGGGAGCUGAUGAAUCCAUUGCGUCUAUGUCGAGAAAAUUUCAUAAAAUAGGGAUCGAGGACGGCGAGGAGACAAGGAGACAGUGGCGACAGUUGCUUUUCAAAACAGAGGGCAUAGAACAGUACGUUUCAGGGGUGAUUCUGUGCCCAGAGACCAUCGGCCAGGAAACGGACGAAGGAGUUAAGUUCGUCGAUUAUUUAAGGUCCAAAGGGAUAGUCUCAGGGGUGAAACUCGACAUGGGCAUGGUCCCAUUUGUGAGUUCGUUCUGCGAGCCGAUAACCGUCGGUUUGGAAAAUCUCUCUGAAAAAUGUGCUCUUUUCAAAAAGGAAGGAAUACAUUUUGCAAAAUGGCGGUGCGUUUUGAAAGUUGGCGCAACGACGCCGAGAUGGGUGACGAUCAAGGAAAACGCUAUCAUUUUAGCACGCUAUGCUACCAUUUGUCAGGAGAAUAGGCUUGUACCGAUAGUCGAGCCGGACAUAGAGCAAGAGGGAAAGCAUUCGUUGGAAAGAGGGCAAAAAGUUGCUGAAACUGUUUUCGCCCAGUUGUUCCAAAUGCUGCAACAAUAUCACGUCUUCUUCGACGGGAUGAUUCUCAAAGUCAACAUGGUCAGCGCCGGUAUGAUGUGUCCGAGAAUAUUCGACUCGGAUCAGAUUGCCAAAGCGACAAUGGAAGCAUUGACUAGAACGGUUCCUGCUGCUGUCAUGGGUAUAUCCUUCCUCGCGGGGAGCUUCGAGGACACGGAAGCGACCAAACACCUGAACGCGGUCGUACGCUGCGUCUCUCGAAGACCGUGGUAUAUCAAUUUUUCAUUUUCUAGAGCUUUGAGCUAUACCGUCCUCGACAUCUGGAGGGGAAACGUUGAGGCAAUAGAAGAAGCUCAGAAGCAACUGUUGCGAAGGCUCAAAGAUUGUUCACUCGCUAGCUUAGGGAAAUACAAUGAUAUAGAAGAGAUCAAACUACCGGAAGACGAGGAGCAAAUACCGACGCAUCAAUAUUACGAGAAUAUGCCAAGAAAUUUGUAAUAACAUGCGUAACCGUUUUUAUCAUUUUAUAACAACAAUACGCCAAACUUUCACAUUUGAGCCGCGAAGGAAACCUCAUUUGCAAGAAUGAAACUACUACGAUAAAAAUGUUUGCCACUACGUCGUCUUACUAUUCAGUCUGUAUUUUGCAUUCCUUGGUAAUAAAUGUUUAAUUUCACUUUAAAAAAAAUUAUACACAUAUGUUUUUAAA